AUGUCCGAAGACGAUGUAGAUAUGCUGGCCGCUGACGGCCAGGGCUCCGGCAAGGUCGACCGCGAUCGCCGGGCGCCGCGUUUCAGCUGGACCCCGGCCUACGAGGCGACCUUUUUCCGGAGCCUCUGCGAGAGUGUUCAGCUGGGCUUGCGCGAGAACAGCAGCUUCAAGGCAGAGGCCUGGGAGCGUGCAGCCCAAGCGCUGCAGGAAAGCCACGGCGCUUCGCCAACCAAAAACCACCUCAUCAACAAGAGUGAUAAUGCGCGAAAGCGGUUCAGGCUGUGGCGAGGCUUGCGCGAGGAUCCGGACUUUGUGUAUAAUCCCAAAGCCAGGACCGUGACCGCGACGGAGGAGGCGUGGCGAGCACAUAUAGAGAGAGAACCGUUGUCGCGCGCACUCAGAGGGCGGCCCUUCGAUCACGAAGACUAUAUGGAGACACUGUACCCCGAUGUUAUCGGCUCUGGAGGUGCUCCCAAGAGGAUCAUGAAGCCAAAACGCCGAGACGGCCAACCUGGUGAUGAAUCCGAACUAGCUGGGCCAAACAUGUCCGUUCUGUCGACUGAAAUAGCCGUGACAGGCCAGCAGACACAUUUGGAGAGCCCAAGCAAUCAACAUGCACCAAAUACAAGCUCCGAUCAGCCAGGUACCACAACACCAUCUGCUGCCCAUACACCAGCUGCCUCCCUAGCUAGCGCUCUGACGCCCCCAGAAGAUACAGCAAUGUUGAGCAAGAAGCGAAGUCUGCCAAGCGCAGAGUUGGAAGGCCCUCUGCCAGCCUUGAACACGCCGUCGCGGCUUGAGACAAACCAGGCCGGGUCACCACAAAAGCGCGCUCGCUUCUCUGCAUUCGAACAUGCAGCGCCUCUUGCUGCAUCCGCAUCUGCCACCCUGCCAACGCCACAAACGAUACGAGACAGAAACCCCGGCCUGCUGGACACCAUCAAUGGCAGCCUUCCUGGCGUGCAGCAUGUGUCAUGCAUAGGGGCGGGGACCGCUUCCGGCCUGUGGCGCGAGAAGGCGGUCGACUUGUUCUACAAGGAUUUUUCUGCAGAAGAGCUGGACCUGCAGGUGAGAAUCCCGCAGAAGCUGCUCAGCAACGACCAUACAGCCAUGGUCUUUUGCAAGAUGCCUUGCCGGGUGCGCGAGCAUUGGGUUCGAAGCCUUCGAGGCGACUUGCACUAA